CCGUCAGUCAUUUGAGUGAUUUUGUGUCGCACGGACCAUCCCGAUCGACUCGGUCAAUUUGGAGCUCUAGCCGUGGACAGUGCAGGGACAGGAUCGAGAUUGGCGCGGUUUGUGGACACGCAUGUGCAGGCACAAUGUGGAAAAUAGUGAUUCUCGCUCUGGUGUUGGUGGCUGGUGUUAGCAGCCUGGAGGAAGAAGCAAAAAGUGUAAAGGAUUCGUAUCUGGCCGCAUUGAAGAACUCGCACAAGAUUAACGCAGUGACGUACAAAGCCCCACAACCGAUACGGAUAUCGCGUGGAGACUACAAUGUUCAACCGUCCAGCUCUUACGAUUACAGUCUUCCAGCCGGUAGCUAUGGUCCACCGACCUCUACCGGUAACGAACUCUACCAGCCGGCCCAUAAAGAGUACGGUCCACCACCGCCGAAGCCCGUCUAUGGUCCACCGAAACCGAUCUACGGUCCACCUCCACCACCACCACCCCAUGGUCCCGUCAGCCAUGGCAUGCCGUACUUCAACCCGGAAAGUUGGCUGCUCAGCAAACUGAAGUUCAAGUUCGAUCUCUUUACCUUCGCCAAGAUAAUGCUGAAGCUGGUCAUCUUCAAGAAGAUCGUCAAAUUCAUUGCGUUGCUCUGCUUGCUGUUCUUCAUUCCCACGCUGAAGCCGUCCAGUGGUGGUGGCCACGGUGACGAUAGCAGCGAAGAGGAACGCCGCCGAUCGUAUGACCUGAAGUUCGACUAUGAACGACGGCUCGGGGAUGUGACGAAAUUUGCGCUGACCGCACUGGAAGCGUUCACCGUCGAUAACGCGCUGUACUGCCCGGAGGAAAACAUUAUAUCCUGCCGCUUCAAGCGGAUGUUCGAUGUGAUCGACGAGUCUUAUCCGGUUUCGAGAAUCUACCAGAUUUAUUUGCCGCCAGGAGUCACGGAGGAGGGCAGUACUGAGGGACAGAGUUCUUUUUCCGAGGAGCACAUAAACGAACAGGCGACUAGUCACGAGGACGUCAAUGUCGGACAGGAAGUAGAGAAUUAACGACUGCGGUUGUAGUUUUGUUAGUAGCCGCUCCAUGCCUAUGAUUAAUGGUAUUUGCGAUAGAAGGUGGGGAACGUGAAAUGAAUUGCUAAAUAAAGUACUUAUUUAUUUAUUGUAAGGGAGCAUUCGCCGUUCACUCU